AUGAGGAUCAAAGACGCCGUUGUGCUUGGCUUUGCCACCAGCCAGUUUGUUGCCGCCGGGCCUGCAAGUAGUAGCAAACCGACAAAGAAGGGCAGUCUCAGCCCGAUCUCAGCCCAGGACUGGAUCAAAGCGGCCAGUCCGGGCUGGAAUGCCGGCAACACGCUCGAUGCCACGCCAAACGAGGGAUCAUGGAACAACCCUCCACUCCAAGGGUCAACACUGGACCAUGUAAAGGCUGCCGGUUUCAAGUCGGUGCGCAUUCCCGUGACCUACACCGAGCAUUUCACCACAGGCUCGCCGAGCUGGACAAUCAACUCGACAUGGCUACAGCGCGUGUCUGACGUGAUUGACAUGGCCACUUCACGUGGGCUCUACGUGAUCACCAACAUGCACCACGACUCGUGGGGUUGGGUUGACGUGUCAAAGCCCGACGCAAACCAGACUAUGAUUCAGGAAAAGUUCUACGCCGCGUGGCUGCAAAUUGGCAAGACCCUGCAUUGCAAGUCGUCGCUAGUGGCCUUUGAGCCGAUCAACGAACCGCCAGGAAACAACGCCGCCGACGGCGCGAACCUGAACAAGCUCAACGGCCUCUUCAUCAAGGCCCUAGCGGACUCGGGUAACUCAAAACGAGUUGUGACGCUUUCGGGGCUGGGCAUGAGUAUAGACAAGAUCCAGUGGUUCAAAGCUCCCGAGAACAUGACCAACCCGUGGGCAUUCCAGUUUCACUUCUACUCGCCUUGCAAGGGCAAGACUGUGUGGGGCUCCGAUGCCGACAAAGCUGCCAUCGAUGCUGACCUGUUAUCCGUUCGGGGCAAUUUCACCGACGUGCCCCUCCUCAUGGGCGAGUUCAGCGCGUCGCAGCUCAACUGUGAGGCUGCUGCCCGGUGGAAAUGGUACGACUACGUCGUUCGUAAAUCCACUGCACUGGGAAUCACCACCAUGCUGUGGGACAACGGGUUGGACAACUUGGCGCGGGAGUCUGGGGAGUGGCGCGACCAUAUCGCCGUCGACAUCAUCACUAGUACGGUUAAGGGCGUCAACAACUCGCUCGCGGACAGCACUGUUGACGCUUCGGCCACCAGCCAGACCAGCUCGGCUUACAUCUUCAACAAGGUCGGCAGCGCCCUCGCAGACCAGACCCUGUCAUUCCUGCUCAACGGCAACACAUUUAAAUCCCUUGCCGUCGGAGGCGUGGCGUUGAGAAGCGGCGAGGAUUACACCAUCUCGGGGUCGUCAGUCACAUUCAAGGGAGGCUUCCUCACAAAUUACCUCUCAGCCAAUGCGGUCCCGGGCACAAAGGCCAAUGUUACAGUCGAGUUCUCGGCCGGAGCGCCGUCGCAGGUUGAACUCGUGCAGUGGGACGUGCCGGCCUUGGCCUCUUACUCUUCUGCAGCAAAGUCAGUGCCGACGGGGUCGGAUCUGUGGGUUCCCAUUGUGUGGAAAGGGCUUCACAAAGUGGCAGCCGUGGCGAUCUCGACGAGCGACGGGGCGUACUUGGUCGACGACUGGACCAAGUGGCUGCCACCGCUGCAACAGGGCCGAGGGACCUUCAACAGCCAGUGGAAUUUCGACUUUGACCACUUCACCAUCACUUCCCAAGCCGUCAGCGCUGUCAUCGCCGCGGGGAAGAACGCGACCUUUACGAUCGAGUUUUACCCCCGCCGUGCGGGAAAUGAGAACAGUGUCGAGUACACUUUGACUGUCUGA